AUGGAGGCGGGAUCGAAGCCUGAUCGUGACUCGUCCAUCUUCAACAUCAAGGUUACUCAUGGGAGUAGCGAGCAUGAAGUUGCGGUUCCCUCUAACUCAAGUUUUGGUGAUCUGAAAGCAGUUAUUGCUCAGAAAAUUGGUUUAAAACCCAAGACCCAUAAGCUCUUGUUCAGAGGUAAAGAAAAAGAAGACGGGGAUGAUCUCCAAAUGGCUGGUGUUAAGGACAAUUCCAAGGUGUUAAUUGUAGAAGAUACAACAUGCAAGCAGGAAAAUGCUGAAGAAGUUAAGGAAACUAGCACGGUCUCCCGAGGAGGUGAAGCAGUUGCCGAAGUUAGAGAAGAGGUUGAUUUGCUCUCGGAACAGGUUUCUGCGCUGCAAGCUGUUGUGGAGGGUGGAACCAAGGUUGAUGAUAAAGAUAUUUUGUAUUUGACAGAGAUGCUUAUGAGGCAGUUGCUCAAACUGGAUGGUAUUGAUGCCGAAGGAGAAGGGAGAGUGUGGAGGAAGAUGGAGGUGCGUCGAAUCCAAAGCUUGGUGGAAACUAUGGACAUCCUCAAGUUAAGAAAUACAAAUCACUCGAGUGACGCGAAUAAUAAUGUGUCUGUAACUACUCAGUGGGAAACAUUUGAAGCUGGUGAUGGAGGUGUAACUGCCGACUCACAGAUUCCAUCUUCCAUGCCUACGCCGGAGCCAUCUUCCUACCCUAUGCCAAUCCCAUCUGCUACUCCUACUCCGAUGAGAUUUCCCUCGCCAGAGCCAUCUUCCAUUUCUACAACAAUGCCGUCUGCUACUCCUACUCCAAUGGAAUUUCCUUCUCAUUCUACACCAUCUUCUAUCCCUGUCACUGUGCCAUCUUCUACUCCUUCAAUGUCUUCUUCCUCCACUGCCAAAACACAAUUUUCUUCUCCUAUGCCUUCUUCUGCUACAAAGGUAACCCAAGAUUGGGAACAAUUCGACUAG